AUGCUGUGCUGUUCGUCAAGAGAAAGUGUGGCGAGAAAAAUACCGGGCCGAAUUAUUUCGGUGGAAUUGCAGAAUUUUAUGUGCCAUGAAGCGCUACGCAUUGACUUUGAUUUGCAGGGACGUAAUUGCUUUUUUAUUGGUGGAUCAAAUGGAUCCGGGAAAAGCGCACUGUUUGCGGCGCUGAAUAUUGGCCUCGGAGGACGUGGAAGUCAGAAUGAGCGUGGCUGUGCACUUCGACAGUAUAUCAAAGAUGGACAAAAGUUGGCUUUUUUCCAGCUUUAA